AUGAUGACGUGGUCGCCUAAAUGACGUUUUACACUGUUUCUCUUUGGUCAACAUUCAUACGAAAAUCUUUAGCUAGCUAUCAACCCUCGACCACUGGUUCUACCAGUAAGGUUAGUUAAUAGUUACUUGUUAAAAAUGUAUGUUUUCCCCUAGCGAUUUAGCUUGCACACUAAAGGAAACGAUAUGGGUCAUUUUCAAAUGAGCUGAAAACGUGCAGAAUCGUAUUGAGACUACUUCUAAGUCCCGAUUGGAGAAGGGCUCUUCCAGUGGAGCAGCCUGGAGUGAGUGACCACCAUGGGCCGUCUGGACGAUGCUGCCAAGCGCAAGGUGGUGGAGCUGCGGCAGGCGGGUCUGAGCUUCCGCAAGAUCAAGGCGGUGCUGGAGCUGGAGAACAUCCGGGUGUCUGCCCAAGCCAUUUACCUGUACCUCAAGGAGUUCCAGAGGAAGAAGGUUCAGAGGGGUGGUGAAAGUGCUGCAGCCACAGACCCACAGACCACACCUGGGGUUGGAGCAGGGAGGGGAGAUGGUGGAAGCCGGGAGGGCUGGAACGACCAGCAAAUACGGAAUCUACUGAGGGAGGCGUCACGCCACGCAGGCUAUGUUGCAGCGUCAGAGUUCGCCAAGCAGUGUCCUGGCUCCAAUCCUCCUGAGGUCAGGGGUCAGGGGCCGUCUGGGACAGGAAGCGAAGGCGCCAGCAGAGGACAGAGCAACAGGACAGAGAAACCGGAGGAAGGGAACAAGAAGGAGGAUGAGGAUAAGGACAUCCAGAUUGUCAGUGUCACAUCAUUGGCUCAGAACUCUCAACAGAGGGGUCUUCCACCCACAGGAGCAGCGGCUGUGACUGUGACAGGCGCCUACAUGCGUAAGAGAGCCACGCCCCGCCAGCUACUAACCCCAUACUGGCAGCACGCAAAAGGCUUCUGGAUAAGGCUUUGUCUCAUAGAGCAAAGGUAG